UUGCCGCAUAUUCCGGUGUCCUUUGCUUCUUCCUGUUCAUUACGCACUCGAUUUCAUAGCAUCAAAAUGUCUGGACUUCUGCGGGGAAGCGCUCGGAUCCGCAGGGUUCUGCGGGGAUCAACCAUCACCCAGCGAGCCAACAUCGCUACGCGCCCUGCCAAGGAUAAGUUUGGGCCCACUGAGACAAUAAUUGGUCUGACCGUAUUUUCUUUUACCAUCCUGGGACCAUCUGGGUGGGUUCUGGCCAACCUGGAAAACUACAAAAAGAAGGGCACUGCUGAGUCGGAGUGAUCCACCGGUCAUGGACUGAAAGCAGUUUGUCUGGUUUUAUUGCUUUUAACACCUUGGGACCACCAUCUCACAGACCUCCAGCUUACCUAAACAGCGGAACAGUUUCUCUCCUUUGAGCCACCCUGUUACCUCUCCAUGCGACCGUUUACUUUCCUCCAAACACUUUGGUCUUUGUUACACUGAGGUGUUUGCUCCUUGUUACCAACUGUGUAAUAACAUGUAACCAUGGGUGAUUCAGUUCUCCUUAACUGGAGCGGUUACAUUUGAAAUAAAGUUAUUUAAAUCUUAAAA